AGGUCUCGGGGCCCUCAGGCGGAGCGGCGGGCGCCGGACCCCCAGGUGGAGCGACAGGUCUCGGGCCCUCAGGCGGAGCGGCGGGCGCCGGACCCCCAGGUGGAGCGACAGGUCUCGGGCCCUCAGGCGGAGCGGCGGGCGCCGGACCCCCAGGCGGAACGACAGGUCUCGGGCCCCCAGGCGGGGCGGCGGGCACCGAGUCACCAGGCACAACAGUGGGCUCCGAGUCAACUGGGGAUGACCGCUGGCACUGGGUCAGACAUUGGAUCGUCUGGCUGGACAGCGGGCAUCGGGUCACCAGGCAUCAGGUCAUUUGGCUCGACAGCGGGCACCGCGUCAUCUGGCAAGGCAGUGGGCUCCGAGUCAACUGGUAUGACCGCGGGCACUGGGUCAGACAUUGGAUCGUCUGACUGGACAGCGGGCACUGGGUCACCAGGCAUCAGGUCAUUUUUGGCUCGA